AUGGAUCCAGGCAAAGCAAUCAGCUCUCAGCGACUAAAUAAGGCCGCCCGGGUUCCGGCUCCGGAGACGGGGUUGCCAUGGGAACAGGACGCGGAGGACGCGCUGGAAGCGUCGGCGCCUGUAGCCCAGGCGACGCGGGGCACUUCCGGCCUCGUGGGAUCCAGGCGGCUCUGGCUGCCCGUAGCUCCGCCCGGGCCCUCGGCCUUCCUGUCCCCGCGGGGGCGUGACGCUCCCGAACUCAGGGUCGCUCCAGAUCAAUCCCAUCGAAGGGUGGACAGACAGGAGCGCUGCUCCAGGACCUGCCUGUUGAAAGCUGCGACGUCUGGGCUGUAUUCGGGGACACCCUGCACCGCCCGUGCGCCCCUCUGCGCAUCCUGCACCCCAGUUGCUCCCCGGGCCUUCAGGCUCCACGACCCGGAGGAAAGGCUCAGAGCCUCUAGAGACCCCUACAUUCCCUGGUUCCAGGCCUCAUCCUCCCCCUUCAGAGCCAGCAGUGCAGCGUCUUUAACACGGACUCCUCCCACUCUGAAGACCCUUCUGCUCACCUCAGGCCCACCUGCACAACCAGGGUCAUCUCAUCCUAAGGGGACCCUUCCCACCAGCUGGAACCCACAUGGACUGCUCCCUCCACCAGCUCCCAUGGCUCAUGUGUGGCAACAAUCUUGUCCUGUCCCAAAUAUGCCGCAGACUCCCACGAUGCUUGGCAGUUCUCUGCUGUGCUGGGGAACAGAAAUCGCUACUCCACACGCCCGGGUCUGUUGCUUUUCCGGCUCACUCUUUGUCCAGCCCGCUAACUUUGCUCAAAAAGUGUCACCCCAUCUCUGCUGGAUAAUGUUUCUGCUGCGGUCAGCACCCGGCAUGCCACAGCUGUGUCGCAUGGAGAAAGGCUGUGCUUCAACAUGUUGGGGAGCGUGUUCUCCACACAGUGCAUCAUGUGUUUAUCUUAAGGAGGGUGGGGUUCAUUGUUAAAAGCUUUGGAGUCCAGCUUAGGCUUAGGUUUAUGUACGGAAAAUAAAUUGAUGAUUCUUAA